AUGGAGAUGGACAUUGUGGACUCACUGCAGGUCCUGUCUGAUGUAUUUAUGGCCCACGGACACACGGCCAGGGUCCCCCGGCGUGCCUGGAGCCGGGACCAUGCCCAGCCUGAGCGUGGGCAGCAGGCAGAGCUGCAGCAGCCGGGUCCUCGUCUGACGGGAGGAUGGAAGGAGGGCACGGUGCGGGCCCUGCUGCCCCUGCAGACCUUCUGGAUCAUCUUGUCCGUUGCCUUGUUGUUUUUUGCAGUUGUUGGUGUCAGUGUCGUGGGGAUUCUCAGCUUCUCCCCCAGCUCUGCCCAGGCUGGCUCCCAGCUCCUCCGAGUGACGCUGCAGGGCCAGCAGGACCCGCUGAGGAACCAGACAGCCGUGGUGGACAAGGCCAGGAGCACUGUCACCUACUACAUCACCUCCCGGAGCAACCUGAGCGCCGUGGUGCUGUACGACAGCAGGAACGGCUACGUGUGCUACAAGCCGCUGGAGCAGCGAGCCUGCUACCUGAGGAGGAUGGAGCCCUGGGACCUGCAGAUGGCUCUCAACACCUCCGAGCACAGCGCCGAGCAGCCGCUCCAGCCCAACAACCAGACCAAGUUCUACAGGGAGUUCCUGGGCAUUGUGGCCGGGCAGCAGCUGGAGCCCGGGGCGCUGGGGGAGGCUGUGCAGAGCCUGUGUGAGCACUCCUCCAUCCUCUGGGUGCGCAGAGCCCACGGGCCGGGGAGGCAGCGCCUCAUCUACCUGUGCAUUGACAUCUGCUUCCCCAGCAACAUCUGUGUCUCCAUCUGCUUCUACUACCUGCCCGAGUGAGUGCUGCAGCCACAGCCCCUCUGUGCCCUCACACUUGGACUGGAUUCCUCAAGGGCCUCUGACCUCCAUGAGGAAGGGAACACCCACAGCAUCCCCAGAGCUUCCUGCUGAUUCUGUGCUGCAGGUCAGGAG